UUUUUAUUCAAAAAAAAAAAAGAUAAUAGAGACUAAACUAGUGAAAUAUAUAAACAGUAUCAUAAAGAGAUCUAUAGGAAAAAACAUUCAUUCAGAUAUAUGUUCCAAGUCAAAGAAGGUGUCUUGGCUAGCUCCAAAGGCCUUGGAAGCAACUUCAGUGUGGCUCCCCAACGACAAUCUAUCACCGCACCUCUUUGUCUUGUCAAUGUUUUAUGGUUGGUUGAUGGGGAUAAACAAGGCAUAUACAAGGAACAAGUAAAGUUGCUGCAAGCAAAGAAAGCAAAGAAUUAUUUAGGUCUUGAUCAAACCUGCUUUGAACUGCAAAUCAUAAAUAUCAAAUUGAUGCAAGAUCAAGUCAGCUCUCAAAUUAAUUCUCUAUGCUUGGUGAUAUCAAGUCGUAUGGCUGGCAAGGAAUAUAAAAGCUAUGCUCUCAUCCCUAAAGAUUGUAUGGUAAUUGCCGACGAAUUAAAAAAAUAUGCUCCUCAAGUAAAAAGUUGGAUGAUCCAAGAUUUUUGUACUCAAUGUGGAAAACCUAUUCCUUAUUCCAAAGCAAAACCGUUCAUAGAAAGUGCUACAAAAGAACUUGCCGAAACGAUUAUUCCGUAUGUUAGAAGUAAAGCUCCCAAAUUACCAAAAGAUAUAACACCCGAAUGGGUAGUACAUGUUUCAUCAGCUAUUGAAGAAGCAUUUUCCCAUCACAAAGAUAUGUGUAAAUUUGAUGUCAAUAAUCCACAAGAUAAAAAAGAAAUGGAAAAAGCUAAGCAAAUAGCUAUCCAAAAAGCAAUGCCUAAAGCAAUAGGGUUAUUACCUAUGGCUGGUGAAUGUAAAAAACUUGUAGGUAUUCCAACAUUGAUACUGCACGAUAUACCAUUCGGAAAAUCCAAAGGAGGACCUGUCAAUAUAAGAAGUUUAAUUCAAAAAUAUUCUCAACAAUUAUGCAAAAGUUUAUAAAUAGAAUUUAAAUUAAAG